AUGAUUUUAUUUUUAUUCUCAAAUUUAGUCCUUAAAUGCAGUAGUUCAUCAUGUUUCGGUAAUGAGUAUCUACCUUUCGUUAUAGGUUACUCUACAUUGAAGGAGAGUGAUAUAAAUGUACUUGCAUAUGACUAAUCCAGAACCACUCUUUAUUUUGGAGGGAUCUAUGAAGGAAAAAUAAUAUUGGGUGCUUAUAACGACAGAGAUAAUUUUAAAGGGCUUGUUUGGAUAAAAACUCUCUAAGAUUUUAGUAAUACCAAACCUAUGAAUCUCAAAUUAAACUAAGUUGAAUCUAUUAAAUAUUUUAGUGAUAGAAUUUAUGUAGCAAUUAGAAGCUAUAAAAAUAGUGAUAACUCUGGUUACUACUAUCUAAUAAGCUUAAAUUCAAAAGGGGAUUUCGUUAAUGGAAUCUGGAUUUAAAGUUUCAUUCCAGAUAAAGAAUAUAAAGAUAUGAUGGAAAUUAGUAAGGGUGGAAAUAUUUUUGUUUCAAUAAGAAAGGCUGAAUUCAAGUCAUAACUUUUACUAAUAAACUAAGACCUGAAAAAAUAUAUUAAUAAACAUUAAUUUCCUAGCUAAUCAAGAGUUUCUGUAAUGGUUUAAAAAGAUACGGAUACUGAUGAAAUGUACAUUGGAGGCAAUUAUAAUUUCAUAUUAUCUGGAGACAUAAUAAACAAAGGGAUUUUCACAGCUAAUAUCUAAACGAUUCCUACUAAUUCACAAUAUACUUUUCAAGCUUAUGACCUUUCUAAUAUAAAUAAUCUGAACUUAGAUUUUGCAUUGGCAAAGUUUAAAUAAGGGUUAUUCAUUGGAUGCAUAAAUGAUAAAAUUGCAACAGAUGUAUAUCACAUUACUAUCCCAUUCGAUUAUUUAAAUAAUCCAAACGAUAAAUCAGUCUUAAGGUUCUAGAAGAAGAAAUUGACAACUAUAAAUUCUGAUAUUAUCAAGAUCAAUCAUUUGGUUUACGCUAAUAAUAAUGCUCAGGAGUAUUUUUUCUCUUCAGGAUAGAAAUAGGGCACUUUUAUUUACGGUUACCAAAAUGAUUCAACUAUUAUAUAAUAACUCACUGUUUUUGCUUCAGAUUUUACAGAUUUGACAGAUGAUAGUUAUUAAAUUACUUUGACAUCAUUAAAUUUUACUGAAAACAUUGAUUCUUGGCCUGGCUAGCCUAAGGCUAAAUAAUUCUUCGUAUACUAAGAUCUCUUAGUAAAAGCUGAUGUUCAUUACAUUGGAUUGAUUGAGCAAAUGAUCAAUGACGAAUAAUAUAUCUAUUGUUACUUGAUUUUUAUUGGCCCUCCUUGUAAAUUUUUGAAUAUUACAUAUCAGAUGAAUACUGAUUGUGAUGGGUCACUCUUACUUAAUGAUGGGCUUAAUAGUUGGACUUUACAUGAAGUUACUUUCCAUUUGAUAAUAUGCCCCCAUAGCAAUGAAAUAAAGCCAGUUAUUAAUAAAGAGCCUCAUAUAAAUGAUAUUAAUUACAAAAUUGGUUCCAGAUUUUAAUAAUAUUCUUUCUAAAAUAUAGAGUAUGAACCUAAGUUCUUUUUCAUAAAGAAGAAUGAAAUAAUAUUUGAAUAAGGUUAAGUAAAAUUUGAUGGAUUAGAUCAAAGUCUAAUUAAUAAAGGCAUAAUAAGUAUAAAUAAUGAUUAUAAUUGGCAAGCUAAAGAAUAUAAAUGUAUCUUAAUAGUUAAGCUUAACUUUUUUCAUGAUAAUAUUAUUGAAAGAGAAAUUCCAUUCAGGAUUACUUUGACUACUGAUUAAACUUAUUCCUAUCUAAACAACACCGCUCCAUAUUUUAUUGGCAAAUUGAAUGACAUCGACCUGUAAAUUGACUAAAAUUUUAACUAUUAGUUGCCACAAGUAAUAGAUGAUGAGAUGGACGAUUAUACUAUAAGUUUUGAAUCAAAAUUUGGAAGCAUGCUGAUGAAACCAGAUGGAAAUGUUCUGACUUUUACUCCACAAUUAUAGUUAAUAGGUUCUCAUAAAGUUAAAAUUGUAAUCAAAGAUAAAAAUGCAUUUCCAAAAUCUAGUAAUUAUGAGUUCAUUAUCACUAUAAACCCUAAAAGUAACAUCUUCGAAAUAGAUUUAUCUGCCUUUAGCAAUGAAAUUUAAGAGAGCUACCUCCUUGCCAAAAAGUAAUCAAUAAAAGGAGCUGUAGAAGCUAAAAUAGUUAAGAUUAGUCAUUCAGGCGAAGUAUCUAUCUACUUUAAUAAACAAAUGAAUUUGACUAAAUAGAUGAAAAAUAUGAUUGAUAAAGCACUUAUAAUUAGUAUUAUAAAAGAAAAUGAUAAUUGGGAUGUUUUGAGCAUUCAAUUUAACCUAUUCUUUUUGUUCAUGGAUCAGAAAAAAUAAUAUAUGAUACCGAAAUCAUAUACAAUAAAGGGUUAAAUGCCUCCAUAAAUUAGUGAAUAUGUUUAGUCUACCAAUCACAUAAUCUUUGAAGAUCCAAACUUACCAGAAAAUUAAGUUGAUAAUUACGAAUCAUAGCCAUACAGUUUAUUUUUUUAGUAGAUGGGAUAUAACUCUUGA